AUGCUUUUCAAGCUGUUUGCCGUUGCGGCUCUCUCUGUUGCUGCCUAUGGCAUGCCUUCAAGCAGCCCUGUGGGCUGCAGAAGCGAACCAACUGCCGAGUUCCUCGAGCUCACGAAGCGCAUGGCCUUGGAUGAAAAGGAGAAUGGCGGACUCUCGAAGCGGGCUUCAAGCUCCAUUCACGUUGACGUCUACUUCCAUGUGAUUGCCGCCAGCAACUACGCUCAAGACGGAUACCUGAGCACGCAACAGAUCAAUGACCAGGUCAAUGUCAUGAACCAGCGAUUCGCUCCCUACAACAUUCAGUUCACUCUCCGCGGUACAGACUGGACUGUGAACUCAAAUUGGGCGUACGGGUACAACAACUAUGCGAUGCAAAGCUCACUACGCAAGGGCGAUUACAAGACCUUGAACCUUUACACUAUGCAGACCGUGUAUCCCCAGGAUACAGAGACAACGGGCUUCUGCAACUUGCCAGUCCAGAACCCGAGCCAGUCGGCAUUUAUCAGUGAUGGCUGCUUCCUCACCACCAGAACCAUGCCGGGUGGUAACUCUCCACUACAGCAUCUAGGCCUCACGGCCGUUCACGAAAUCGGCCACUGGUUUGGGCUUCUACAUACCUUUACAGGAAACUCGUGCACGGGCUCUGGGGACUACGUUGACGACACCCCAGCCCAGGCCAGCGCGACAUACGGAUGCGUGCAGAGCCGCGACUCAUGCCCCAAUCAGCCAGGCAGUGAUCCCAUCCACAACUACAUGGACUAUACGUGCGACGACCUCAGAAAUGAGUUCACACGCGGUCAGGUUGCAAGGAUAUAUAGCUUCUGGGAUAGCUGCCGUGCAUAA